AUGGGGUCGCCCGCCGUGCCGAUCCUCGCGGCGGUCUUCUUCUUGGCGUUCGGCGCGACGGGGGUGGCGAUCGAUCGACACAGGGCGGGACACCUGCGGGACCCGUUCAGCAUACCGACGCAACGCGCGGGCGAGGCGCCCCAUCUGCUCAUCCUCGCCGCAACUGGGGCGUACUUCGUCGGCGUCGUCUGCGCGUCCGUUUGGCAGAGAGACGCGGUGAGCGACGACGACGGCGACGGCGGGGAGACGGGAGGCGCAGCCGCGCAGGUGCUCGGCUACGGCGUCGCGCACGCCGUGGGCGCGCUCGUCGUCGCCAAAGUAACCGUCGACGAUACGUCACGGUGGACAACAGGUGCGCACCUGGCGGGGGUGGCGACGUUCGAGAUGUUCGGAGUGUUGUACGCGGCGCGGUGCACGGCGAACGCGUGGAACGCAGCGCACGCGGGACUCGCGGGGUUCAGGCUCGUGGCGACGUCCGCGUUGUUCGCGUCCGUCGCGCUGGCGAUGACGUGCACGGGGCGAGCGCAGGCGGAGGCGGCGGCGUUAGCCGGCGAGGAGGAGGAAGCGGGACGGAAGACGUCGGGAGACGUUGGGAAGACGUCGGGUCUCGCGACGCCGCCGAUGGGGUCGCGGGCGGCCAGGAGCGGAACGCUCGCGCCGAUGGGGUCGCCGCUCGCGCCGAUGGGGUCGCCGGCGGGAGCUCGAACGAACAAAGUCGUCCCCGUCGGGCGGGCGGACGAGGAGGCGAGUUCGGGCCAUCUCGUGCGAGUCGCGCGAGGGGAAACGCGGUGGAUCGAGGCGCUGGCGCGGUGCCAGCUGGUGAUGUGCGCGGCGUUCGCGUUCGUGCUCGCGUCCGCCGCCGGGGACGUUCGAUAG